UGGUUAUAUUUUGCUUAUAUUCAAAGUAAGAUGAUAAGAUGAUAAAAUUAUAAGGUGUUCCGGUACAGGGCAUUCAUCACCAAAGAACAAAGUUUACGAAAUCCCUUCUUGUAAUCGUGCAAACUGCUCGACCCUUUCUAAAUAGCCGCACACCAAUAAUAGCUUUUGUCCAGAUGUGUUUACGUUUGCGUUCCCAAGGAAAUGCCUGGGCGUUACGUGCCUCGACUUUGAUGUGUUUGCGUUUCCCAGGAAAUGCCUAGGUGUUGAUGUGUUUGCGUCUGUGGUUCACAAGAAUUGUCUCGACGCCACUGUGUUUGCGUUUGUGUUACGAAAAAAAAAAAAAAAAAAAAAAAAAAAAAAAAAAAAAAAAAAUCAUAUAUAUUAACUUCGCUUACUUUAUUUCUAAGGCCUCGGUGCUGAUGUGUUUGUGUUUUUUCCGUUUGUGAUCCCCAAGAAGUGUCUCGAUUUUACUAUGUUUGCAUUUACUACCCGAGCACAGCCUCAGCGCCACUUUCCAUGCAUCCGUGUUCCCCAGGAAGCGCCUCGACUCCCGAUAAUACCUCUCCUCUCCUCUCCCCCCCUCCCCCAAGUGCCUCGCAAUGAACCCACGUGCUCCUUGCCCUACCACAACAUCGGCGGCCACUGCCUGCUGAUAGACGACCUCCUGCUGGGUUCAUGGGAGCAGAUGAGCACCUUCUGUGGGGACUUCGGCGGCACCCUCGCUAACUUCUACGACGCCAAUGUCCUUACGGCCGCCAUCGCUUACAUGGACGAGAACGGCCUGAGCGACCGGUGUUUCUGGGUGGGCGCCUCCGACGCUGCCGAGGAAGGCGUGUGGCGCUGGACCGACGGUACUCUGGUAAGGCUGGGGACGCCCUUGUGGGGGGACCUGGCUGACGAGAUGCAGCAGCCGACGGGCGGGGAGGCGGAGAACUGCGGCCUCCUGCUGUUCGACGAUCACCUCUUCCUCCACGACGCCGACUGCAGCGAGCAACACGCGGUCGUCUGCGAACAGGCGGACACACCGGCUUUGCGUUAUGAGCCGACCAAAACAGGCUGCCCUCUCCCCUACCAGUACAUCGGCGGCCGCUGUCUCUUCGUUAACCCCUUCGGCACCAAGAGCUGGGGCGACAUGAACACCUACUGCCACAACAUGGGAGGACACAUGGCCAAGCUGGAUGAUGCCAAUCUGCUUGGUUACGUCUUUGAUUACCUUACCGGCAAUGAAGGCAUGGGCGACGUCUUCUACUGGAUCGGUGCCACGGACGCCGAGACGGAGGGCGUGUGGCUCUGGCACGACGGCACGGAGGUCCAGAUGGGCACCCCUUUCUGGGGGGACGGGGCCAGCGGGUACCAAGCUCCCGACGGAGGCGAGGAGCACGACUGCGCCUUCCUCAAGCCCACGGACCACUUCUUCUUCAACGACUACUUCUGCGAGGGCGACAACACGCACUCGUUCGGGGUCAUCUGCGAGCACUAGUCCCGAGGGGGACCCGACCGCAUUCCCGACGGGGAAUGAGGUGAGAGAGUUCUCUCUCGCGAUUCAGGCAGCCGCAACGGCCCAUGAGGAUUAAAUGCUCUUAUAUAUGCUGUGUUUGCAGAUUUAUGUGCAUACACACAAGUAACACACAUUCGCGCAACCACGAACGUAUACACACAUAUAUACAUAUAUACGUUUAUAUAUAUAUAUAUAUAUAUAUAU